AUGGCUUCCUCUUCCUUUCUCCCGCUCGCCUCAUCACCAACCUCCCCUUUGCUCCUGCCGCACCGUCCGAGUCUAGACCCGGAGCACGAGCUGCUGUCGACGCGUGGGCAGCGCCUCCUGGGUUUAUUUCCCGCGCUGGGCCAGUCCGAGGCCCCCGUCCAGGAACGACCAACCUUUCUCCGACGGCGGGGGUCAUUGUUGGUUGGACACAGCAAUCCACGCUAUGAAUGGCAUCGAUACUAUACUCCGCCAGACGCGUUGAAGAAGAUGCGCAAGCCCAUACGCCAGUACUAUGAGCGCAACAACUCGUUGAUCUCGCAGUAUCUGUAUAUCGAUCGUCUACUGGACUCUUCCCUUCCACACCAUCUAAUUGCAGAAUACAACGGCGGUCACCAUCAUCAUGUCCAUGCUCCUGCAAAUGGUUCUUCACCGCCGACUGAAGCCCCGGAGGUAGCUUUACCCAAUCCCAAGACCUCCAGGAUCAAGCGCACGCCGCACAACCUCUAUCGAGUUCCAUCGGCCGAUGAAAUGGAGCCCUUGCUCUCGCCAACAGAGUCUGGCUGCGAGCAUGUCAUGCCCGACAUAGAGUCGCCUGGAAUCCAGUCACCCGAGGCGGAGGAACGCAUGAUCCAUCUUGCGAUCCGCGUCAAUUUCAUUGCCAACGUAAUUCUCUUGAUCUCCAAGAUCGCCAUUAUGGUCCUCACCAGCUCCAUGUCUGUCUUGGCUGGCCUGGUCGAUGGCGUGCUGGACUUCCUCAGCACAGUGCUCAUCUGGUUCACAGCCAUCAUGAUCCGUCAUCAGGACCGGAAUCAGUACCCGAUCACCAGGCGACGGCUGGAACCGUUGAGCGUGUUGAUUUUCAGCGUGAUUAUGGUCACCUCUUUCUUCCAGGUCGGGCUGUCCUCGCUGCAGAAGUUGAUGGGGGAUGAUCACCCUCUUGUCAAGCUCUCCCUCCCCUCCAUUGGACUCAUGGCCGGCACGGUGCUGAUCAAGCUCCUCUGCUGGAUCUGGUGCCGGCUGAUUCCGAGCCCCAGCGUGCAAGUCCUGGCGCAAGAUGCCAUGACAGAUGUCAUCUUCAAUACCUUCAGUAUCAUUUUCCCGUUAGUCGGUACCUUUGCCAAACUCUGGUUCCUGGACCCUCUAGGUGGUCUCCUUCUCUCGGUGUACAUCAUGUGGAACUGGGGCUCAACAGCCAGCGAGUAUAUCCAGCGACUGACGGGCGCAGCGGCUUCGGCGAAUGACCACAACAUUCUGCUGUAUAUGACGAUGCGGUUCUCGAGGGUGAUUCUAAAGAUUCAAGACCUAAAAGCCUACUAUGCAGGUGAUAAAUUAAACGUCGAAGUGGACUUGGUGGUAGAUGAGCGCAUCGCUCUCCGUGACAGUCACGACGUCGGCGAGAGCCUGCAAUACAUGCUCGAGAGCGUGCCGACGGUUGACCGGGCCUUUGUCCAUCUCGACUACGACCCCUGGAAUCUGCCCAGCCAUAUGAACCAGCUGGAUCGGUAA